AACGGUCUAUGGUAACACUAGUGGCGGGACCAGAGGGAGACACCGACGCGUGUAAUGCAAACUUUUGGACAACCGUUAAACAGUAGCAGUUGGUAAUGUACAAAACGGCGACAACUACCGUACAGAGGAAACGCCCCCCGCCGGUUAAAAUCUUGUCCGGUCAGCUAAGGACGGCAGAGAGCCGGGGGACAGCCGACAUCGGGGACGGGUGCGUUAUCAGGCUGGGCAGGGGCCGCUCUCUGCUGGUUUCACUGGUCUGGAUGCAGGGAACUGUCCUGGAGGUCCAGCUGGACAGAGACACCGUGCUGCUGAUGGAUGAGACGGGAACCUUUGCUGUUCAAGGCGUCAACAACAUCCCCAAAGGGAAGCCAUGUCUGUCCCAAGGCAAAUAUGUCAUGGUGAUGGGUGUCGUCCAGGCCGUCUCCCCGGAGCCAGUCAUCCGUGCAGUGAAGAUGGCAGACCUCUCGGAGCUCGCCGCUCAUCACAGGCAGAUGUGGAAGCUGGAGGUGGAGGACCUGCAGCAGGUGCUGGCCUGAAUGCAAGACUGUUGGUGCAAACGUCGCCUCGCUGGUGGCUGGGUGACCUGCUCCUGUCAUAUCUAGCUGGACCAUUAUAGUGAUUCUUGACAAAUGGGAGAAAAAAAAAACAAAAAACUUCCUCACAGGACUAAACAGCAGAUUCUGCUUGCUGUCUGAAAGGUAUUAUGCAUGAGUGACAAAGACUUAGACAUGCAAAAAUGACCUGAUUUUUGCAAACAGCAUUACACAGUCAAGUAAAUAAAAGAAAUAAAAGGAGUCUUAUAGAAAAGAAGCGGAGCUGCAGGCUUCUUAUUACCUCUAAAAAUGAUCUGGUAACACUCAGGGAG